CCAGCGUUGCCUCAGUCUCGUGCAACAUGACGUUCUACACGGCCGCUCUGUUGUGUCUCGCUCUAACAUCUGUUAACUCUCUCAACCACUCGCUCACCACGAUACCCGACUUCAUCCACGUUUGCAAGAGGAAUGAUCCUCAAGUUGAGACAUGUAUACGAAAUAGCAUAGAAGAACUCAGGCCGUAUCUUAGAAGAGGUAUACCUGAGCUAAAGGUUCCCUCUCUAGAACCCCUGGUGAUCAAGGAGUUAGUCGCCGCAGAGGGAAGUGGACUCAAGAUCACCACAGAAAACCUUAAGGUGCACGGGUGUGCCAACUUCACCUUGGUCAAGUUAAAUGUGAACCUGAAGACCCAUCAAUAUCAGUUUAACAUCAAACUCCCUCACCUAGUGUUGGACGGAAGAUACGUCAUCGAUGGCAGAGUUCUUCUCAUCCCCAUCAGAGGAAAGGGGAGACUUACAGGAGACAUAUUCAACGCCAAAGCCAAUGUAACACUUGGCGGGUUGAUCGUCAAAAGAAAAGGAGAAGAAUAUCUUCACUACAACAAGAUGACGAUCAAGAUUAAAGUUGUUCAGGGACAGCUUCAUCUUGCCAAUCUGUUUGGAGGAGAAGCUGUGCUGGGUGAGGUGAUCAACAGCGCGAUCAACGCCAACUUUGAGCAGUUCAUAAACGAGUUGAGACCCAUCAUAGAGAAGGCGUUGGCCAAGUUCAUGCUGGAGAGUGCUGACGGCAUCGCAUCCUCCUUCCCCUACAAGGAUCUGUUCCCUUUGUAACCGCAGGACGAAGGAUUCAGUCAGUUGUCAGGAAAACAUAUCAGCUGGGAAGGUUAUCAGUUGGAUGAUUCAUCAGAAGAAAAAAACAGCUGACAGUGUCAUUUGACCAAUUUCGGCCAAGGACGAUAUAAAGUCAGUUGAUCGAGUCAUCAAGUGCUUCAUCGUGUAGGUCUAAUUACGCUUUCAGUGUCCAAAUAAAGUUGAAGAGGUUAUCAAUUCAUAAAACUAAAAGCUGAUGGUACAGUCAAUUGAUGAAAACUUAGGUUGAUCACUUAACCAAUCAAUUCAGCUUAAAAAGAACCAAGAAAUGAACCUUUUUAAUAAUGUUUUUCAAUAAUGCCACCAUCAACUGACAUAGUUAUUUGCUGAUUAAUUCAUUUGGUGAAUCGAUCAUCUGAUGUAUAUUUAAGUUUAAGUAGCUAUUGACUUAUGAUACUAUCAGCUGAUAAAGUUUAAAACUGAUGAUUUUUAACUGACGAUUUGAGUUGACAUAUUUAUCAACGCGAGUGUGUGUAAGUGAAUGUAUGAGUGUGAAGAUAUUCGCUAGCUAAUAGUGUAUAUAUAUGUGCCAUAAGGACUGAUGGGCACCAACUAUUUAAGACUCUGUGUUAUUAAUGUUAAAUUGUAUAGGGUAACUCAUUAUAUUUCCUAGGUAAGAAUAAAUUAUGUAGAAAUGU